UUGUGUAGAAUGAGCGGCGCGAGCGUGUCCAGUAUCUUCGGAGAGAAGGCCAGAAAGCCUCCAGUAAAGGUGCUGUCCAGUCAGCUGAGAGAGGCUAAAGGAUGCGCCGCGGUGAGCGGAAAGCCGGAGUGCAGUAUAAGGAGGCUGGGUGUUGGGAAAUCCGGCUCACUGCUGGUGUCGGUGGUUUGGAUGCAGGGCACUGUGGUGGAGGUGCAGCCUGAUCAGAACACGGUGCUGCUGCUGGACGAGACCGGGAACUUUACGGUCAGUGGCGUUAACAGCAUCCCGAAAGGAAAACCCUGCCUCAGCCCUGGUAAAUACGUGAUGGUCAUGGGGGUCAUCCAGUCGCACAGUCCAGAGCCAGUGCUGCGUGCUGUGAAGAUGGCAGAUCUUUCGGACAAAGCAGCGAUUCACAGGAAAAUGUGGAAGUAUGAAGUUCAAGACCUCCAACAAACUUUGCCUUAAACUGCAAUAUUCCACUCUAAUUUAUUG